CUCCUCUCUCGCAUUCUGUUCUAACCUAUAAGUCGCUGUCCACUUUCUUCUGCUUUCUUCGCUCAGCGAAAUCGUGAGUUCCGGUGAGGUUAAGUCGCCAGGAAUACGUAGCGGAAUAGUCCUCAGCGCGGAAUAAGCCAGCAACUAUUCGAAUAUCCUAGUGAACAAUGAACAUGGCAGCUAGUGCUGGUCUCACACGACAAGAGGUGUUGAUGCUGGUAGCAAGAUUAACAUGUGUUGCAGCAAUCGGCUUUUUCAGCAUGAGAUGGCUUAUCAGUCAGCUUGAUCCUACCAGAAGUACCAAACAAAGAGCUAAAAAGAAGGCUCGGGAGCAGUUACGUAAAUUGGCAGAAAGCGACAGGUAUGCAAGAUCCUUUGACUUGGACCAACUGACGGACUAUGAGAUGAUAAUAGCUAAUCAUCUGAUAGAUCCAAGUGAUAUCAAAGUAUCAUGGAGCAGCAUUGCCGGUCUAGAUAGUGUUAUUCAAGAACUCAAAGAGACAGUAAUCCUGCCUAUACAGAGGAAAGAAUUAUUUGAAGAUUCACAACUGACUCAAGCACCCAAGGGAGUAUUGCUAUAUGGUCCGCCAGGUUGCGGUAAAACCAUGAUGGCCAAGGCUACCGCUCGGGAGGCAAAAACACGCUUUAUAAAUCUAGACGUGAGCAUCUUGACUGAUAAGUGGUAUGGGGAAAGUCAGAAGCUGGCCGCUGCUGUCUUCUCAUUGGCAGUGAAAUUGCAGCCCUGUAUUAUUUUCAUUGAUGAGAUAGAUUCGUUUUUGAGAUCGCGCAAUUCACAGGAUCAUGAAGCCACGGCAAUGAUGAAGGCCCAAUUUAUGUCAUUGUGGGAUGGUUUGAUAACUGAUCCUGAUUGUACUGUUAUUAUAAUGGGAGCCACUAAUAGGCCACAGGAUUUAGAUAAAGCGAUUCUGCGUCGUAUGCCAGCUACUUUCCAUAUUGGAUUGCCGAAUGAGCAACAGCGAUUAAAAGUUUUGCAGUUGAUACUGAAAAAUGAGCCAACCGCAGACAAUGUAGAACUUGCAACAUUAACGAAGCAUACAGAAGGCUUCUCUGGAUCUGAUUUACAAGAACUUUGUCGAAACGCGUCUAUAUAUCGUAUUAGAGAUUAUUUAUGCACGCACGACGGACUUAAAUAUGAAAAUAAUACAGACGACGAGUACGAUGAAGAAUUUCACGAUACCGUGCGUCCCAUCACGAUGGAGGAUUUACUCAAAUCAUUCAGAAAGAUGAGAACGUCGAAACUACACAUGGGAACGCUCAGCACGAGACAGCUGGAUCUAGAUUAAGGAAAGAACUUUAUUCUUUGUUAGUCGCUGUCUGUGACUGAUUUCUUUUCGACAGUUCUUCGUGUGUUAGAUAGAUGUUACCACAACGAUGAGUGAUAUUCCGCUUCGUCAUGAAACUGCAUAUAAUACUUCGAUACUGUUGGAAGUGGUUUUCUUGUCGUGAACGUUUAAAAAUUUUUAUGAAAGUAUUAAGAUGUUGAAAUAGCGAAAAUAGAUUCAUCGAGCGAAGUGUUUAUAAUUCCAUAGUAAAAGUUCAUUGUAGGGGAAAAUUUUAUAAUAAGAUAUAAAGGAAUUUUCUUCUGGAUACGUUGUACUUAUGGUGACAACGAAUGAC